AUGGACAAUCUCGACGGUGCAAGCAACCAAGGGAGUAAACCAGGCCGGAAGAAAAACCCCAACUCGCAGGCGGCCCGCCGAGACCAAAACAGAAUAGCCCAGCGAGAGUUUCGUCUACGCAAACAGCAACGUAUACGAGACCUUGAGGCUCGGGUCGAAAUUCUAUCAGGCGGCAAAGAUGAGGCACUGUCUGAGAUGAGGGAAAUAUUGAAAGAUUUGAUGCACGAGAAUCAAGUAUUGCGCAACCUCCUCAAGAACCUCAGUUCCUUCAUUGGUGAAGGAGCGGGUGGCCUUCUACCGAAGCUAGGAUGGGACCUUGCGGAUUUCAACAACUUCAUAAACAAAGCAGAGACUGAUACAGCUUGGGAGAGUCAUCAGAGGCGUAAAAAGGCACGGCAAGAGUUCGAUCCGUUGUCUUCUCAUCCCAACCUUACAGCGCAGAAGCGUCCGAUCGAGGAAGAGGACAACCAGUCUGCUGCUAAGCGGUCCAAAUCGGCAGCGGACGACAGAGAGAAUGACCGUAACGGAUAUGCUAUGCUAAACUCCAUCACAGCCGGGAUCAGCCCUCUUCCCGCCUCAUACGCAGCGGAGUCAAGGCCCUCUGCCGACACCAGUUUCUUCUCAGAGCUCAUACGGGGAACAGGGCGUUCGCCGAUGUUUGCAUCUCAGACGACGACCCCAUCAAACAAUACGCCCAGCCAGUAUCCUACGGCAUCGACGUCGACUAUACCGACGGCUAGCAGCUCUUUCCAGAACCCCUAUCUCCCUCCUAUAAAUAUGAACAUGGACGCUACGUUGCCGUCGCUUCAGUUCAUGGCUAACCCUGCUGUACCACCGCAACAGCAGAAUGUGCGAGCGGGUCACACUCCGGAUGAAGAUGCAGCUGAUGACGAUCCGAAAAGGAACGAGGCACAUAAACUCAUACACUAUCAUCUCGAUAAUUUCAAGCGGAAUUCUGCCUAUUGUUUACCAUCAUCGUUGCGACCUACGUUAGUCCAGAAGUAUGUUCCUCAGAGCGCCAUUGACAGGAUACCCCAUCCCGAACUUCGGGAUCGUAUGAUUCUACUACGCGGCCGAUAUGAUCUCGUUGACUGUCUUCACGAGUAUCGAGCGGCAGUCACAAUACACGGGGAUGAUGUCCUUGCCCAUACUAAUUGGGAGAUUGGAGAGAAUUGGUUAAGACGUUACGGUUACCUCGUCGAUCAGGCCACGCUCAAUGUCUGCAAUAGGUGGAGGCGAGAUCGAGGUGAACACGAACUGCGUCUUGCGGACUUGGGUCCUGCGGACCAGCAAUCUGGAUCGGUAUAG